GGAAGUAAAGAAGAAGAACUUCCGGGUGACAGGUGAAUGUUGUUGUGCUGCGGGUCAAAUCAAUCAGGGACGAAUAUUCCUCCUUUUAAAUAAUUCCUCCGGUUGUUUUACCGGGAGCUUGAUGAGCUCUGAUAUCCGUUAACCGGAUCUUUCUCACGGUCCUCCCGCAUCUCGGCCCCGCACCGACCCUCCGAUGGCCUCCAGGCGGCCGGACAGCUUCGACGGACUCGGCUUCCGCGGCCGCGACGACCCGCUGUACGGAGCGAGCUACCCGGUCAGGAGCGCCGGAGGCCCCGCUGAGCUGCAGCAGCACCACUGGGUCACCACGCCGCCGGACAUCCCGGGCAGCCGCAACCUGCACCACGGGGAACGGACACCUGGGCGCGACGAGCCGCCGCCGGGGGAGCACGGAGCUCCCGCAGCCGGAUGGGAGGCUCCGGGGCCGGUCGUUCCUCCUGCCGAGCAGCUCAAUCGAUUUGCUGGAUUUGGAAUCGGACUCGUCAGUCUGUUCACAGAGAACGUCCUCGCUCAUCCCUGCAUCGUCUUCCGCAGACAGUGUCAGGUGAACUACCAUGCCCGGUGCUACCACCUGACUCCCUUCAGCGCUGUCGCCGUCAUGUACUCCAUCACCAAGGCUCAGGGGCUGAAGGCUCUGUGGAAGGGGAUGGGCAGCACCUUCAUCGUUCACGGCAUCACACUCGGAGCCGAGGGCGUCAUGAGCGAGUUCACACCGUUACCACGGGAACUUCCUCACAGGUGGAGCUGUAAACAGCUGGCUGGACAUUUACUGCUUAAAGGGUUAACGGCCGUGGUGGCUCUUCCUUUCUACUGUGCCAGCCUCAUUGAGACCGUCCAGAGCGAGAUCGUCCGUGACGACUCGUCCUCCGGGCUGCUGGAUUGUGUCCGUGAAGGUUUGACUCGGCUAUUGGGCGUCGGCGCUCCUCACAGUCACCGGCUGCUUCCUCUCAGCUCUCUGCUGCUUCCUGUCGCGCUGCACGCCAUCCUGCGCUACGCCAUCGCCUCCUCCGUCCAGCGGGCGGCGCUGUGGCUGUACCAGCGAGGCAGGAAGCAGCGCGCCGACCCGUCCAACCCGCUGGACGCUUACUUUCCCGAGCUGGCGGCGGCGUGGGCGGGGUCUCUGGUGGCCGACGUCCUGCUGUUCCCUCUGGAGACGGCGCUGCACCGCCUCGGCCUGCAGGGCACGCGCACCAUCAUCGACGCCACCGACGGCGUGGUGGCUUCGGGGAACGUGGGCAGCCCGCUGGUUCUGCCCGUCAACACGCAGUACGACGGCUUCUCCGACUGCCUCCACGCCAUCCGCCGCAAGGAGGGCGCCGCCGGGUUCUACCGAGGCUUCGGGGCGCUGGCGACGCAGUACGCGCUGCACGGGGCGCUGCUCGCCGCCGCCCGGACGCUGCUGAGGCUGCUGCUGCUGGAGGGCCGGGCCGAAUAGAGGGUUACCAUGGAGACGCUGCUUCACUUCCAAAGGUUCACCGUGAUGACAAAAGAUUUCUCAGUUUCUCGUCAUAAGAAAAGAAUUACAACCGUGUUGUUAUAACAACAUAACACACUUCACCUCCUUUCAGUGGUUUCACACUUCUGCUGUUUUUCCUGCGAUUGCAUCAUAUGUCCUUCAUUAGAAAGCUCCCGGUCAUUUUUUUCCUAGCUUAGCACAAAGACUGGAAGCAAGGGGCGGGGGGGGGCGGCUGUCGACUCUGAACGUUUGUGUCGAGUCCUGAUGUCACUUCCUGCCUUGAAACAAAAAUGUCAUGGCGGUGUGUGUUGCCGUGGAAACGCAGUGUCACUUCCGGUUCCAGCAUGACCUUGUGACCCAGUGCUGAAAGUCCCCGUAAUAGAAAUGCAGAUAUACAUGAAAACAGCUGAUUUAAACACGUAUUUGUAUAAAGUUGUAAAAAUGGAAAAUCUAUUAAAAGAAAUGUAGGUUUAGAUUACAUUAUAUUCAAUAAUUUAAUAAUCCAUAAAUAUUAAAAUGAAAUGAGUGAAUAAAUUGACCAGAGAUGGAAGUUGGUGUUGAUUUUUCAAAAUAAAGGUUUGGAAUAAUCGAUGCAACUUUUUCAGCAGUCUGAAAGAUGUGAAUUAAAAGUUAUUCAAAGUAUUUGUAUGUUUUUAAUAUUCAGCUAAAGUUGAGUCUGCACUUGUUCAAAUGUUGUGUUUUUUUGUUGUAAAUGUUGAAACUUUGCACUUUGUGCCGCAGAAAAAUAAAAUCUCAAGUUUUUUUUCUUCUGCUGUAAGAUUGUUUUCAUGUGAAAUAAAACAAAAUGAGACA